CAAAAAUAUAUAAUUGAUAUUCAUGUCAUAGAUAGGAAAGCGUAAUUAAACGGCACCUACAAUGAUGGACGGAAACGAUAUUUUAUCCUCCGAAUCUAGCAGAAGAGGUGUUAUAUCUCAAGGAUGGACUCGUAUAUCCCAAAUAUACCAAGGACUCUUAGAUAAAUGGACACCACAUAUAAAGAGUCGAUGGGCAGCCAGUAUAUUACUGUUAGCUAUAUUCGUCCUACGAAUAUUUUUAAAACAAGGCUGGUAUAUAGUCACAUAUGCACUAGGAAUUUACCAUUUAAACUUAUUUAUUGCAUUCCUCACACCAAAAAUAGAUCCUGCUAUGGACUUUGAUGGAGAAGAUGAUAAUGGUCCUGCACUACCUACAAGAGCCACGGAAGAAUUUCGACCAUUUAUCAGGAGAUUGCCAGAGUUCAAAUUUUGGCUGUCAGUCACAAAGAGCACUAUCAUUGGCUUCAUAUGUACAUUCAUUGAUGCAUUUAAUAUUCCAGUAUUCUGGCCUAUUUUAGUGAUGUAUUUCAUUACAUUGUUCUGUAUAACAAUGAAGAGGCAGAUUAAGCAUAUGAUUAAAUACAGAUACUUACCAUUCACUCACAACAAGCCGAAGUAUAGAACUGUGGACUCGUCUGUAUCUGUAAACUGACAGUGUAUAUCAGCCUAUACAACCUUACCUUAAUCUGUCAAAGAAGUAUGAAAAGCUGUUGUAUGGAAAUAUUUUUAGAAAAUACAGUUUUUAUUGUAAUGUU